CCGGCGAGCCGCUCGGCGGCUGCCGUUGACGUGGUGGUGGUCGUGGAGUUGUUUUCUCUGAGGGGAGGAGAAAGAGCCUCGGCGGAGCCGGAGGGGGAGCCGCGGGAGCCGAGGAUGGUCGCGGCGGCAGCGGGAAGGGGAGGCGGAGGAGGAUGGAGUCCGAGUAUUUAGAAGAGCUUCCAGAAACCGAUGAGCCGGCGUGGAUCUUGGGAAGGCAGCACCACCUUAAACAUGAUAAAGCUAAACUGCUGUCUGAUAUAAGUGGUCGUCUUUGGUUUACAUACAGAAGAAAGUUUUCACCAAUUGGUGGCACGGGCCCGUCCUCUGAUGCCGGCUGGGGCUGCAUGCUGCGAUGUGGACAGAUGAUGCUGGCCCAGGCUCUGAUCUGCCGGCACUUGGGGAGGGAUUGGCUGUGGGAGAAACACAGAAAGCAACCCGAAGAAUAUCACAGGAUCCUGCGCUGUUUCCUGGACAGAAAAGACUGCUGUUAUUCCAUCCACCAAAUGGCACAGAUGGGUGUUGGCGAAGGGAAGUCCAUCGGCGAAUGGUUUGGACCAAACACCGUGGCCCAAGUGUUAAAGAAACUUGCACUCUUUGAUGAAUGGAAUUCCUUGGCUGUUUACGUGUCUAUGGACAACACGGUGGUGAUUGAAGACAUCAAGAAGAUGUGCUGGUUCCCUUCCCAGAACUGCCCCAGCGCCCACUGCAGUUCGCUGUUGCCCAAGAGCAUGCUGGGCCGAAAGAAAAGCCCGGCAGGGUUCUGCUGCGGCUGGAAGCCUCUGCUGCUGAUUGUACCUCUUCGCUUGGGGAUAAACCACAUCAAUCCGGUUUAUGUCGAUGCUUUUAAGGAGUGUUUCAAGAUGCCGCAAUCCUUGGGAGCUUUAGGAGGGAAACCAAACAAUGCCUACUACUUUAUAGGAUUUUUAGGAAACGAGUUGAUCUAUUUGGAUCCCCACACCACCCAGCUUUUUGUAGACUCUGAAGAAAACGGGACGGUCGAUGACCACAGCUUCCACUGCCAACAAGCCCCACAUCGGAUGAAGAUCCUGAAUCUGGAUCCCUCUGUAGCAUUGGGCUUCUUCUGUAAAGAAGAAGAGGACUUUGAUAACUGGUGUAGUCUCGUGCAAAAGGAGAUUCACAAGCAACAGAGCCUGCGCAUGUUUGAGCUGGUUCAGAAGCACCCCCCGCACUGGCCCCCUUUCGUCCCUCCUACAAAGCCAGAAGUAACGACAACUGGAGCAGAGCUCAUUGAGUCCACGGAUAAGCUCUUCGAACUGGAAGAAGAGUUUGAGAUCCUGAGCGUCUGAAGGAAGCGUCUGCCGAGCUUUUGUGUGCCCGUGUGUAGCAUAUGCCGGUGUCGAAGAACACACAGCCUUUUCUAGCCCCCAAGUGCCUGAAUAUGACCCGCGUACAGAGCACAAGAACUGAGGUAGCUCUGGGAACUGAGGCAAGAGUUCAGAAAACUUCCCAAGCAGGGAAGAGAAUCGAUCCUGGACUUAGACAUGCAAUCCCCCCCUAUCCCCCAAAACCCCCUAUAAUCUCUGAAGAAAACAGACUUCUUGGGAUAAAGAAAAGAAUGUUAUCAGAGCAACAACCUCUGCGCCAUAGCUGGGAAUUUGGAGGCAUCGGUACCCUGGGUAGUCCGUGUGACAUAAUGCAAUACUUCUGCUCCCGCCGCGUGCAUGACGUCAAGGGAAAAGGAUGGUAUUUACCUCUUGUUCCUUCGCGUGGAUAGCGUCCUGGAAAUACGUUUCAUUGUCUUGUUUCGAGAGAUCAGCUGGAUCAGGAGGGAAACUGAUGUCGUUAAAACAUUUAACGUUCUGGCGACCACACUUUGUUUCUGUAACAGGAACUGUGUCUAAUCAAUGUGAUUUUGCAAUCGUCCUCCUGUUUCUAGGAGAAACCAGGCAUGUGGAGGGCAGCCCUCCAGCCUCUUGAACGGCACCCCUUGUGCAAGCCUCACCCCCCCCCCACCCCGCCUGGGAAGGCUGGCUGCGCAAGAGAAGCCAGGCCCGAGUCUCACUGGGGGUUGGUCUUUUCCUCCGUAAUUCUCAUUAUGCACAUUUCACCUUGACCUUAAGUUCAAAUCAUUAUUAAAACUUUUGUUUCUGAGCAAA